AUGUUGCACUUCCGGGGGUCAGUAGCAUUGGUGCAAAUUCACGAGAGCACUCUGUGUUCUAAUUCACAUUAUAAGUUCACUUUACGAAAAUAUCGUGAACGAAGAUUAUAUCUAUCUCGACGGCAUUGCGGUCCCAUAGCAACAGUCCAUCCUGUACCGUUCGUAACGCCAGGAAGCGCAUACCCGGCGUAUCCCCCACCGCCACGUAAUCCGUCAUUAUAUGAGGCCAGUCAGUCUUCUUCAGCGGUAAUCUCGUCUCAGCCCACGAUCAAUCAACCCAACGCAAACGCCUCAAUCUGUGCUGAGCAAUUCAUUGCCAACACCGAUACGUCACCACCCCCGCCCUACUGUAGCGCCGUAAACCCACCCAAAUCAUCGUCAUAA